UAUUGACAGGAUGUUUCGCCAAAGCGUCCGGCGAUUUGCCACAGCUGCCCUGCGCAGCGCUGCUGAGAGCCCAUACAAUGUCCGGGUUUCCCAGGCGCAAGGUUUCGUCAACGGACUGACCGAAGCAAUUGGCAACACGCCCCUUAUCCGCCUUAAGCGUCUCUCUGAAGAAACCGGUUCCAACAUCCUCGCCAAAGCUGAGUUUCAGAACCCCGGCGGCAGCGUCAAGGACAGAGCCGCAUUAUACGUUGUCAAAGAUGCCGAGGAACGGGGCCUUCUAAAGCCCGGCGGCACCGUCGUUGAAGGAACAGCGGGCAACACGGGUAUUGGACUCGCCCACGUCUGCCGGUCCAAGGGGUAUAAGCUUGUCAUCUACAUGCCGAACACGCAGUCUCAGGGCAAGAUUGAUCUUCUGCGAUUGCUGGGUGCGGAAGUGUACCCAGUCCCCGCAGUGGCGUUUGACAACCCUGAGAACUACAACCACAAGGCGCGGCGGCAUGCGGAGUCGCUAGACAAUGCGGUGUGGACAAAUCAGUUCGAUAACACGGCUAACCGCCGAGCUCAUAUUGAGACGACGGGCCCGGAGAUUUGGGCGCAGACGGGCGGAAAGCUGGAUGCAUUUACGUGCUCGACUGGGACAGGUGGUACGCUCGCGGGAAUCACAUAUUACCUGAAGCAGGCUAGCGGCGGCCGUGUCAAAUCUUUCCUUGCGGAUCCCCCUGGUAGUGUUCUUCACAGCUACAUUCAGAGCGGUGGGAAAUUGGUGGAGCGGUCUGGUAGCAGUAUCACUGAGGGGAUUGGCCAGGGUCGUAUUACGGAUAAUCUGCAGCCUGAUGUCGGCACUUUGGAUGGAUCGCUCAAUAUUAGCGACGAGAAAACCAUUGAGAUGAUCUACCGCUGCUUGGAUGAGGAAGGCCUCUACCUAGGCGCCAGCUCUGCCCUCAAUGUUGUUGCUGCUAAGGAAGUUGCCGAGAAGCUGGGCAAGGGCAGCACCGUCGUGACCAUCCUUGCUGAUGGUGCGUACCGGUAUGCGGACAGGCUCUUCUCCAAGUCAUGGCUUGAGAGCAAGGGUCUGCGGAACGCUAUCCCUAAGCAUCUAGAGAAGUACAUUGUUCUUCCUUGA